GGAAUAACUGCCCCACCCCGACAGGUCUGAGCAGACGCAGCACUUGUCAGGUUCAUCCAACAGUGAAGACAGAUCUUCAAGUCCGGUGAUCCGUGCCCUCCCCGGUGUCCUAGCAGGCAGGCAUGGCAGACGGUCAGCAGCCAGAGGAGCACUGGGCCUCCAAUGGGCAAGAGAAUGGGGAGAAUGGCUACUCCGCCUACAGCUCUGCCUACAGGGAGAAUGGAUACCAUGGUGGGGCAGCUGCACAUCCUGGGACAACAGUGGAUGACUCAGCCAAUUUGCCUCCCUCCCCUCCCCCCUCUCCAUCCGCUGAGCAGAUUGGGCCUGUGGCACAAGAUAAAGUAGAGGUUGUCAGUGCUUUCUCUGUGGAGGAGCAACAGCAGGAUGAGGAGGAGGCUCCAGAGGAGCCCGACAGUUACCAGGAGGAAGUGACAUAUGAGCAGCCAGGAGACUUGCUCUUAGAGCAGACAGAUUGUGUAACAGAGCCCCAGGCUUUGGGCUUCCAGCAAGCCCAGACACCUGAGGUCCUCAAUGGAGGAAGUCAUCAAAGUGAACACAGCACGUCACAAAAAGAUUACACUUUGGGCGUUACAAUCCACCUUCAUUGGACAUAUAUCAUCAUCCUUAUCUUCAAGGGUAAUUGA